GCUCGGUACUCUUGUUUGAACCCGAGAAGGGAGACGAGAAGGAGAUGCCCGCUAUCAGUGUUGAUGAUUACACCGACUCAGGUGACGAGAAUAGUCCCGUUGAGCCGCCGGCUGCGUUGUUGGCUGGCCUGCCGAAGGUGGAGCAGGUACACACGCAGAGGCCGCCGGUGGAGUUGAUGUGAGCAUGUUGGAUAAUGAGCGGAGCAUGGCGUUUGUACAGAGAUUUCCUUAUUUCUUCCUUUUCUUCGUUUUCCUUGCGUCUGUGUGUGUGUGUUUGUCUGUCUGGUGUGUCUGUGCGUGUGUGUGAAGGCGUCUGCAAGUGUGCUUUUAUCUUUUUCUUCUUUUCUUUCGGGUUUGGUUCUGGGGAUUGGUCUUGGGGAUUGGGGGUGGUUUUGAUAUCAUGGGUGUUCGUUUUCUUCUUCUUCUUCUUCUUCUUCUUCUUCUUCUGCUUUUCCUUUACUGUUACUUGGUACCGUUACUACUGUUCUUUCGGGAACUACCUCCAUACCUCUGCCUGUCUACCUAUUACUUUCUACUCAUAUAAAUUGACGGGGGUUACCACCAAGCCAGCUGCCAGAUCGUUCGUGACCUCAAAUUCUCCACACCUCUCCUCACCUCUCCUCACCUCUCCUCACCUCUCCUCACCUCUCCUCACCUCUCCUCACCUCUCCUCACCUCUCCUCACCUCUCCUCACCUCUCCUCACCUCUCCUCACCUCACCUCUCCUCAUCGACCGAGUACACACAGUGCACACGUCCUUCCUGCUGUCGAAAUCUACUUGCAAACUAGAAACUGCAAACCGGAAACCGAAACUGUAAAUGGAAAAAGAAACCACAUGCAUGUAUAACCAAACCAAAACCAAAACCGCAAAUAGAAAAGAAAGAAAAAAACAACCAUGUAUCUAUAGAGUAACCAAACCAACACCCGCAACACCAAUAAAGCAACCAUCAUCUCCAUCAGACAACUGCCCAAGCCUUCCCAAGUUCCCAUCCAAUCACCGCACGUCACCCGCAGCCCGCCCACUCAUUGCGUUCAAUGGACUUCUUUUCGCAGGGAAACCGAACGAACGAAUGACCAA